AUGAUACCCUCAUAUUUCUCCUUCUUCACGUGCAAUCGACACUGGCUUGUCUCAUUUUGCAUUUUCUCACUCGUGUGUCCGUCAACUGUCUGUUGCUCCUCCUUCUCUCCUCCGCCGUCUAGUCACAGAUCCCAAGCUCCUCAUCUCCAGCAUCUAGGCACCAGCGGUGGCCUUCUCAUAAGUUGCCUCUACUUCCUGUGGCGGCAAACACGCCUGGCUCUCCAUUGGCUCGAAACCGGCAGAUUCCUUGUCUGCCUCCUUCCCUUAUUCAUCUCUUUUAUUCGCAAUCACCUCUCCCGACAAGCCAAGCCCUUUGUCUCCGUCAACGUGUGCCUGCUCCUUUUAGCCUUCAUCAUCGGUGUUCUCACCGACCUCGACGAUUACCUCCAUGCUUAUGGCUUAACUCGCCUCCCCAUCUCCACAUCCGCUCUGAUCAUCACUACCCAGUUGGCUUUCACCGUUGCCUUUGCCUUCCUUCUCAUCAGGAGAAAGUUCACCCUUUUCUCCAUAAAUGCUGUCAUCUUGCUCACCACUGGAGUUGGUGUGUUGGCUCUUCAUUCAUCUGGAGAUCACCCCCAAGGCGAGUCCACCAAGUAA